CGUCUAAUUAGUGCAUGAUGUCAAAUCAUCAGUUUGGCACGUUUUGUUAUUGUUAAUUUAAUUCGCAUUAUAUUUAAGCGAUAAAAAUGGAAGAAAACACUCCUACAGUUAGUUUAGUAUCAUGUAUGCAUUUUGUCCGCCGGGGUAUAGCAAAAGCAGUACCUGAAAAGAUUGAGCUCACCGAAAAAGAAUUAGCAGAUAUAAUUAAACAGACUGCUCACGAUUUAAGAAUAACAGAGCGAGGUGAAGAUGUAAGUGAUGAAGAAGACGAAGAAGCUGGUGGUGGUGUCUCCGAGCCUGCACCACCCACUGAUCCUAAUGAUAGAUUCAACUUUGCUAACUAUGACAAUGAAGAUGACACAAAUCCUGUUGGGAUUGGAACAGUCGCCACUUUGCCGAAUUUGGGGGACCUCAGUGAAAAUGUGCAAAUCAGGACUGAAGGUCCAGACAGUGAUGAAGAGGACGACAUAAUCAAGCCUGAAGACAAUCUCUUAUUGGUGGGACAUGUGGAGAGUGACGCCAGUAUAUUAGAAGUUUACAUCUUCAACAAGGAGGAGGGUUCGUUCUAUGUCCACCAUGAUAUCAUCCUGCCGUGGUUCCCUCUGUGCAUCGAGUGGCUCAGCCACGACCCGACAGACUCUGGGCCAGGUAACCUGUGCGCCCUCGGAGGCAUGGACCCGGUGAUCCAAGUGUGGGACCUCGACAUAGAGAACUGCCUGGAGCCCGUGUUCAAGCUCGGCCGGAAGCCCAACAAGAAGAAAAAGACCAAACGAAUCGGACACAAGGACGCCGUGCUUGAUAUGUCUUGGAACAGGAACUUUACACACGUGCUGGCCAGUGGAUCAGCGGACAACACGGUAUUGCUAUGGGACCUCGACCAGGGCACGCCACACACUAAACUAUCAUACUUUCAAGAUAAGGUCCAAUCAGUGUGUUUCCACCCUCUAGAAGCACAGACGUUACUCACCGGUUCUAUGGACGGCCGAGCGCGCGUAACAGAUUGCCGCAGCGCUGAAGGUCACCGCGCGUGGACUCUGCUCAAUGAGAUAGAAAGAGUCGCGUGGGACAGGCAGAACCCAUUCUGUUUCGCUAUGAGCAGCAACGAAGGGAAAGUGGCAUAUGUGGACUGCAGACAAGACGAGCCGUUGUGGACAAUACAGGCGCACGAGAAUGAAGUCACGGGUUUGAUUAUCAGCGAGUUGGUCCCCGGGAUGAUGGUGACUGUAAGCACUGACGGCAAAAUGAAGACUUGGGACAUAUCUAGUAGUGGGGCAGUGCAAGUGAGCGAGAGGCAAUGCCGCGUGGGCGCCGCCCUGUGCGCGGCGCUGUGCCCCGAGGCGCCGUUGUCGCUGGCGGUGGGCGGCGACAACAAGGAGUGCUGCAUUGAGAUGCUGGACUUGACCAACAGCGAUGAAGUUUUAAAUCGAUUCGGCAGCCGGCCGCUGGUUGCAGUGAGUACGGAACCAAACGAAGGCGCUAUGGAGACAUAAUCAUAUAUUAUUGUUAAGUUUAAUAAAUUAUAAAAAAAAUAAUCUAA